AUGGCUGGUUUUCAGGAACUGGUGACAUUCAGGGAUGUGGCCAUAGAAUUCUCUCCAGAGGAGUGGGCAUGCCUUGACAAUGCUCAGCGCGAUUUGUAUAGGGAUGUGAUGUUAGAGAACUACGGAAACCUGGUCUCCCUUGAACUGUCUUCCCAUUGCACCCGAGACCUAUUGCCAGAGCAGGGCAUAAAAGACUCAUUCCAGAAAUCAAUAAUGACACUAUAUGGAAGCUGUGGCCUUGAAAAUGUACACUUAGGAGAAGAAUGGGAGUGUGUAGGUGAGAGUAAGAGGCAGAAAGUAUAUUAUGAUGGUCUUACUCAAUGUUUGUCAACUGCCCAUAGGAAAAUCUGCAAAUGUAAUAAAUGUAUAAAAGUCUUUACCAAAUCUUCAAACCUAAAUACACAUAAGAAAAGACAUACAGGAGAGGGAAGAUUCAAGCAUAAUAAAUGUGGAAAAACUUUUAACCACAUCUCAAAACUUUCUGGACAUAGGAAAAUUCAUACAGGAGAGAAACCCUACAAGUGUGAAGAAUGUGGAAAAGCCUUUAACUGGCACUCAAAACUUACUACACAUAAGAGAAUUCAUAGUGGAGAGAAACCAUACAAAUGUGAAGAAUGUGGCAAAGCAUUUACCCAGUGCUCAAACCUUAAGGUACAUAAAAAUGUUCAUACCGGAGAGAAAUUGUACAAAUGUGAAGAAUGUGGCAAAGCCUUUAGCCGGGACUCACAUCUUACUGAACAUAAAAGAAUUCAUACAGGAGACAAACCAUACAAAUGUGAAGAGUGUGGCAAAGCUUUUAGCCGGUACUCACGUCUUACUGAACAUAAAAGAAUUCAUACAGGAGAGAAACCAUACAAAUGUGAAGAAUGUGGCAAAGCCUUUAGACGAUGCACAGAUCUCACUUUACAUAAAAGAAUUCAUACAGGAGUGAAUCUCUACAAGUGUGAAGAAUGUGGCAAAACCUUUACCCAGUCCUCAAUCCUUAUUCUACAUAAAAGAAUUCACAGUGGUGAGAAACCCUACAAAUGUGAAGAAUGUGGCAAAACCUUUAGCCGGUGCACAGAACUCACUCCACAUAAAAGAAUUCAUACAGGAGACAAACCCUACAAGUGUCAAGAAUGUGGCAAAGCCUUUACCCACUGCUCAAACCUUAAGGUACAUAAAAAAAUUCAUACCAGAGAGAAAUUGUACAAAUGUGAAGAAUGUGGCAAAGCCUUUAGACGGUGCACAGACCUCACACUACAUAAAAGAAUUCAUACAGGAGAGAAACCCUACAAGUGUGAAGAAUGUGGCAAAGCCUUUACCCAGUCCUCAAGCCUUAUUCUACAUAAAAGAAUUCAUAGUGGAGAGAAACCAUACAAAUGUGAAGAAUGUGGCAAAGCCUUUACCCACUGCUCAAACCUUAAGGUACAUAAAAAAAUUCAUACUGGAGAGAAAUUGUACAAAUGUGAAGAAUGUGGCAAAGCCUUUAGCCGGUACUCACAUCUUACUGAACAUAAAAGAAUUCAUACAGGAGAGAAACCAUACAAAUGUGAAGAAUGUGGCAAAGCCUUUAGACGAUGCACAGACCUCACUUUACAUAAAAGAAUUCAUACAGGAGAGAGUCUCUACAAGUGUAAAGAAUGUGGCAAAGCCUUCACACAGUCCUCAAUCCUUAUUCUACAUAAAAGAAUUCAUAGUGGAGAGAAACCAUACAAAUGUGAAGAAUGUGGCAAAGCCUUUACCCACUGCUCAAACCUUAAGGUACAUAAAAAAAUUCAUACCAGAGAGAAAUCGUACAAAUGUGAAGAAGGUGGCAAAGCCUUCAGACGGUGCACAGACCUCACCCUACAUAAAAGAAUUCAUACAGGAGAGAAACCAUACAAAUGUGAAGAAUGUGGCAAAGUCAUUAGAUGGUGCCCAGACCUCACUCUACAUAGAAGAAUUCAUGCAGGAGAGAAACACUACAAGUGUGAAGAAUGUGGCAAAGCCUUUACCCAGUCCUCAAUCCUUGCUCUACAUCAAAGAAUUCAUAGUGGAGAGAAACCAUAUAAAUGUGAAGAAUGUGGCAAAGCCUUACCCAGUACACAAACGUAA